GUUAUGUUUUCUUUUUGUCAAGAUACCAUGUGCUUUUGAAUAAUAGUCAGAGAAAGUAUUAAAUUGAAGAAAAAAGGAGAAAAAUAAACAAGAAAUGAGCAGCUCAGAAGAGAAUUCGUCAGUUUUCAGCGAUAGCGAUGGUGAUGUUGAUCCAGAGCUCACACAGCCACCCCCAAAGUAUGCUCCCAAGCAUAAAUUGCAAGGAUCCGCGGAUGAGGAGAAGAGGAAGCGCACAAAAUGGGACCUCAAGAAGGCACCAACUGCUGAGGAAAUAAACGUGCUCAAGGAAUCGAGUAAUCUCUACCACUCAAAUCUCUUUAGGAUGCAAGUUGAGGAGAUGCUGAAAGAAAUUGCGAAAGUUCAAACAAAACACCGAAACUACACUGAAAAUUGGCUAAUUGAUUUCAACAAAUUCCUCAUGGCACUACCAGCUGGCAAGGAGAAGCGCUCUCUCGAUGAUUUAGGAUGGUUGAAGAAGAUAAAACUUCCCCUGGACACAUCAUUCCUUGAGGAGACAAAGGGAACUUUUCAGUUUAUUGUGCCCAAGAAGUCAGCCAAUGUUGUGGGAUCUCAGAAGCUUGGAACAAUUCUCGGGAAUCAUCUUGUGGUGGAUAUUUGUAUUGAGAUGCCAAAGGAAUUCUUCCAGACUAGCGAUUACCUUAAUAUGAUCUAUCACAGAAAGAGAGCUCUCUACUUGUGUUACAUCCUCAAGCAUUUGAAGAAGAAGUCCCCUGAAUUGGGUACACAACAGGAGUUUAUGUAUGCAAGAGGGAAUCCCCUGAAACCCAUACUCUUGCUCACCAAUCCGGAGAAAAACAAACACGUCACAUUUGCCAUUCACUUAGCCUGUGAGGAAAUUACCUAUAAACUGGUUAGAUUCAUCCCACUGAGGAACAAUGUGAGGUCCGGAGUGAUUAGAGGAACACCCACGAGCGAUGUUGAAAGCGAACAAUGUGCUACUCCUCACUACAAUUCAUCAAUUCUGGAAGAUUUUGUCAUGCUGAGGAAUGAAAAAUUCAUUCUUGAAUGUUUCGACGGGAAGCAAAAUGUCCGCGAUGCUGCAAUUCUUCUGAAAGUCUGGCUAAAGCAACGGGGACUCGAUAGAGGAUAUUCAGGCUUUUCGGGAUAUCUCGUCACAAUCCUCCUGGCACAUCUGCUGCAUGCCCGGAAGUUGAACAGCAAUGCAAGUAGCUAUCAAAUUAUUCGAAUUUUGUGGACGUACUUGGGUGAAAGUGCCUGGAAUGAGGUGGGAAAGGGUGCCAAAUGCAUGCAAAAGUCCGAAGGUGGCAACAAACCAUGCAUUGAGGAUUUCCACAAAUACUUCCGUGUUGUCUUUGUGGAUACAAGUGGUUUUCUCAAUCUCUGUGCCACAUUAUCGGAAGAUUUGUACAAACGCAUCAGGUUGGAAGCAAAAAUUGCCCUUAAUCUCCUGGACAAUUCAUCUGUGAAUAGCUUCCACUGUCUCUUCAUGGCAUCAAUUCCACUGUGCCUUCAGUAUGAUCACUUUCUCAGCAUCCCACAUAACAAGGAAAUUGCGGAGGCAAUCCAGAAGCAAUCCUCCGUUGCAGAUACCCUCAACUACUGCACAUUCUGGUACCCACGACUUCAGGAUGAAAUUUCAGACAUCCUCCGGAAGGGUCUCUCAAGUAGAAUAAUUGCAUUUUGUCCCCUGCCAUGUGAAGUGAAACGCUGGGACGUGCAGCAAAUCCCCGGACGCUCUGCUGAAGAUUCCUCACUGACUUUUGGAUUUAUUGUACACCCGCAGGAGGCUCUUGAUGUGGUAGUUAAGGGACCGCAAGCUAAUGAACCCGAAGCUGUGGAAUUUCGUAAUUUUUGGGGUGAAAAAUCCCAAUUGCGUCGAUUCAAGGAUGGCUCUAUCACUGAAGCUUGCAUCUGGGCACCUUCAUCGAGUUCCCUGACACGGAAGAGAAUGAUUUCCCGGGACAUUGUCUUCCACCUUCUGUCGCAUCAUUUGGAAAUGAGCGAAGAGUCUUUACGGGAAUCUUGCACGUACAGCGGAAAUGAGUUGAAUUGCGAAAUAACAGCAAAAGAAAAGGCAAAAGGUGGAAAAUAUCGCGAUGGAUAUGAUACAGAAAUGAUGUCACUGCAUGUAAUUCAGGAAUUUGAUGCACUUGGAAAGGUUUUGAGAAGUUUGGAAGAUCUUCCAUUGGAGAUUACUGCUGUUCAGGGAACAUCACCCAUUUUCCGCUACUGCGAUCCCAUUGCAAAUUUCCCAAAUGGCUAUUCUACUCAAGAGGAUGGCGCCGUCCUCUUCUACGGUAAGCAAAUCUACGAAGGAGUUUUGCAGCUGAGCCUCAGUGGAAAGUGGCCAGAUAGUGUGGUAGCCAUUGAGAAGCUGAAGCAAGCUUUCUAUCUUGAAUUGAUGAAGAAACUCUCGAAGAAUGGCAUAAAAUUCACAAGAGUCUCAAUGAAUGGCAUUGAAAUUCUCAAAGGAGGAUUCAUAUUUCGCUUCCAAGUGGCUCAUGCAAAGGAAUUAGCGCUCCGGAAACAAAUUAUUGCCAACGGGAUUGCAAAACAGAGGGAUUCACCGGAGAGUGUGCAAUUUGAGAGGGAGCUCUUUAUUCUUCCGCGUCUCUCGAGUGCUCUCAAUGGGAUUCAUCAACAAUUCAAUUCAUUCGGACCAACUGUUUGCCUGGCAAAAAAGUGGCUGUAUUCUCAGCUCUUUGAUCAAUAUCUCUGGCCAGAUGAGUGUACGGAACUUCUUGUAGCGUCUCUGUACACAAAACCCGGAGCCUCCUUGCCUCCUUUCCAACCUCAGGCGGGAUUCCUGCGCUUCCUACAUCUCAUGGGCAGUACAAACUGGCAAAAUGAGUUAAUCAUUGUGAACUUCAAUGAAUCCCUAACACCGGAGGAAGUGUCAAAACUGGAAGCUAAUUUUCAGUCAUCCCGCGAGAAUUAUCCCCCACUGACCAUUGUGACGUCCUUUGAUGCCACAAAGCACAGUAUUUGGAGUAAAUCUGCACCAAUUUUGCAAAUUCUCGUUAGAGUUUCUGUGCUGGCUAAACAACUAAUUGAUACAGCGGAGAAAAAUCUUCUUCAGGGAAUUAUGGAUGUUGAAAAGCAUUUUCAGAAGCAUCAUUUUGAUUCCUUUAGCGCAAUAAUCAAAGUUAAUGAAAGGGAAGUCUCCUUUAGCAUGUCAGAAGGACAAUUAAAGAGAUUUCCUGUUGGAUUUAAUCCUGUCAAGCUCUACCUACGAGAUUUACGAGCUGCUUUUGGAUCUGUGGCAGUUUUCUUUUCAAAUCCACUCAAGGAGGACUUUAUUGGGGUACUUUGGAAGCCAAACAUUGAGGAUUCCGUGGAUUUUCGGAUAUCUGCUCUUGCUGGACAUUCCCUUGGCUCAAAUGGGAAGCUCUGGGUGGAUAGAGAGAAAAUCUUGAAGGAUUUUGAAAUGAUAGGAAAAGGUUUGGUGACGGAAAUUAUUAAUUUCCAAUAAAAGUUUUUAUUUCUUUUAAAA